GUGAACGAAUGACCGUCAAUUCGUCAAUAGGACAGUCGACACUUCACUAUCCCAUUCUUGAAAAGCUUGCGAAAUAAAUUGGCGAAGGUACCCCCAGUGCGCCUCUUUCACGGGCCAUCGUUGACUUUCUACACGUUGUCAAUAUGUGGUAUGAGAUAUUGCCUGGGUUCGCCGUCAUGACGGUGUGUAUGAUCAUUCCUGGCUUUGCGACCGCACAGAUCCACAAGUUAACCAACGGAGGAAAGGAAAAGAGAAUUGUACGAUAUCCCUGGCAAUGGCAUUUGAUGGAGAGAGACCGCCGAGUGUCAGGAGCAGAGUACUAUAAAUCCAAGGGACUUGAGAACAUACGCUGAGAGGAAAAGCACCACAAGACUCUCAUGAGACCAUUUUGUUCCAAGUUAUUUGCUGUAUAUUAAUAAAUGUUCAGUAAUCGGU